UAACUAAUAAUAGCAGCUGUAUCACUAAGCAGGCGCAACGCGGGGUUACAUAGAAUUAACAACUGUACAAGCAAGCUCAGAAGGUCCCGCGCCAUCCGUUGUCAGAACAGGGGGAAUGCCCGUGAUCCGAAGAAGAGCAGCGAGACUUGGGAACUCACCUGGGAUUCUAGGAAACAAAGGCUUUGCUCCAACAGCUUCAAGUUCAGCGUUCAUUGCAAACAAUCCUAUUAAUCAAAAGCUUUCCAGACGCACGGCUAUCCUCUUUCCGGGUCGUAUAAGCAACAAUAACCUAAAAACAUCGUUCGUAUCUAUCUAGACCGGUUCUGCUGCCGUGAUAUAGCAUCAUGACUAUUCGUGCGCUGAAGUUUACGCCAGAGGUAAUGCUGAGCGCUCCUCGCCGCUCCGCUGCCAUCCCAAAUGCAUCAGGUACUUUGCUGGCCUACACGCAGACAGUAUACUCGUUCGAGACCCACGCGACAACCUCAGAACUUCGAGUCCUCGAUGUUGCAACUGGCAGCUCCCUUCUCUUGACAAAUUCCUACCACGGAUCUCCGCAAUGGUUGGGUGACGGCGACAAACUCGUCUGGCUGCAGGACGGGGAGAAGGGAAGCACCAAUUUCAUUGUCGGAUGUGGCCAGCGCAAGGAAGAUCCAUAUGUUGCAGGGACGGUAUCCGCUCCCGUGUCGAAUCUGAAACUCACUACUCUCUCCCCUGGGCUCGUGGGUCUCGCGGUUUCUGGGAAGGCCAAUCCAGAUGGGUCGAUAUAUAAUCCAUCCACUGCGAAAAAGCCCCUUAGCUCGGGGAAAUUGUAUACAUCGCUGUUCGUCAGGCAUUGGGACGAGUAUAUUACACCGCAGAAAAAUGCAAUUUGGCUCGGGACGUUACAAAAGACUUCCUCGUCGGCCGAGGAUAAGCAGUCCAGGUACAAAUUGUCAGAGUUGAAAAACCUCUUCAAGUUUAUCGGUUGGCCCGAGAUAGAAUCACCGAUUCCGCCUUUUGGUGGAACAGAUCAUUUCGAUCUCUGUCCGCAUGGUAUUGUGUUUGUGGCCAAGGAUCCGAAUUUAAAUCAGGCCCUGCACACCAAAUGUGUUGUUUUCAUUUGCAACAUGGAUGCCGGGUCCUGGACGCAAGCGGUACCAAUAUCCGCCAAAGCACUCUCCCUCGAUCGCUUGAAAGGGGCGAUAACAUCUCCAGUUAUAUCCCCGGUGUCCAAAACACUCGCAAUUCUAGCUAUGAGAGAAGACGGAUAUGAGUCGGAUAAAAACAGGAUCAUUCUUGUCCCUGGUGUUUUUGACUGGCGGGCUGAACAGCCUCAAUCCCUUGAGAUUUUUGCAAAUACAGAUGGCUCUGGCUCAUGGAACCUGAGCCCAAGCUCACUUACAUGGGGUGAGAACGAUUCAGAACUAUUUGUCCGGGUUGAAGACACCGGUUGCGGGACCGUGUUCAGGCUUCCAUUGACUGACUACACCAAGGUCUCUACAAGCCACCUGUCCAAACUGACCCAUUCCGGAUACGUGACCAGCGUCGCACCAGCAUCCAGCAAGCUAUUCAUAACCAGCACGAGCUUCGUGGAAAACAGUGCAUUCUCAGUACUCGACUUGUCGAAGCCAGACCAAAAACCCAAACUUAUCUGCUCAGGUUCACGACACGGCGCGUCCCUGGGCCUCUCCUCCGAACAAGUCUCUGAUAUCUGGUGGAAAGGGGCAGAUGACCACCCCAUUCACGCAUGGGUAAUCAAACCCUCUAACUUCGACCCGAAAAAGAAAUAUCCCCUCUGCUACCUCAUCCAUGGUGGCCCGCAGGGCGCAUGGAACGACCAAUGGAACACCCGCUGGAACCCUGCCGUUUUCGCAGAGCAGGGCUACGUAGUAAUCACGCCCAACCCUACAGGCAGCACCGGGUACGGCCAGGCAUUUACAGACGCUAUCCAGAACGAGUGGGGCGGCAAACCAUACGAAGACAUCGCCCGCGGCUUCGACUACAUCGAAAAGGAACUCCACUACGUCGACACCGCCCGCGCCGUCGCCCUAGGCGCCUCCUACGGCGGCUUCAUGGUGAACUGGAUCCAGGGCCACGACCUAGGCCGCAAAUUCAAAGCCCUAGUCACCCACGACGGGAUCUUCAGCACGAAAUUCUCCCUCGCGGCCGAAGAGCUGUACUUCCCCAUCCGGGAUCUGAAGGGCGUAUACUGGCAGGUCCCCGAGAACUGGGACCGUUGGGACCCCUCGCUGCACCUGGAUAAGUGGGAGACGCCGCACCUAAUCAUCCAUAACGAGCUGGAUUACCGCCUCACGAUCGCGGAAGGGUUGGCAGCAUUCAACGUGUUGCAGAUGCGAGGCGUGCCGAGUGCGUUCUUGAUGUUCCCUGAUGAGAACCAUUGGGUGCUUAAGCCUGAGAAUUCGCUUGUUUGGUAUCGGACAGUGCUUAAUUGGAUUAAUAAACAUGUUGGGUUGCCGCUGUUGUUGGAUAAGGAUGGGUCUGAUGGGUUUCCGGCGAGGAAUGAGGGAGCGAUUGUGAGAAAUAUGGCGACGUUGACGGUGACGGAGUAGGGGCUCAGUUUUGUGAUUUGGCAUGGGGUUAUUUUAACGAGGAUGGUGUUUGGAUUCCGCUAUUUUCGCGGGGGGCUUUUUAAAUGCGUCAAUGAAAGAAAUCUCUUCUCAAGAAAGGACAAAGGGGGGUCUGGGAGAACCCAUCCAUAAACUCAGACGACAUAUCUUAAGAAACUAGAAAGUCAAAUUUAUGAGCUACAUGAUAUUACGAUAAAAUUCGUUCCAAGCUACAAUCCGCUGCAUCUUACUUGUCCCUUCUAAAUUAUAAAGAAAUAGUUAUUUUGUCCCGCUUUGCGGGGCUUUAGAUGGUUGCCUGUCUAAUAUCCGCGACGUCCAGGAGAACAUUGCGAGAGUAGAUAUACAUGUGAACAUCUGUAGACAAGAGGGAUGAGAGAGAAAGAAAGAAAUAGAGGAUGAACAAGCAAUGCAGAUAGACAGGGAGGGAAAGAAGGCAAAAUAAUCGUUGGAGCGUACAUCUAGCACAUAACCGGUCCCAAAAGCUUUGGAUAAAAAAAAAAAAAGAAAGAAAGAAAGAGAAAGGAAGAAAAAGAAAGGAAGAAAACAGCGGGAAAACAUAACAGGCCAAAAAGACAUCAAGAAGAUCUCCCUAAAAUGAUCAAGCAAAAGAACGUGAACUCGCGAAAAUUCCCCAGAAAGGUUUCGCUUCAGAAAAAGGAAAGGAAAAAGGAGCACCAGAGCCAAAAUAACAACAACCCUUCCUUCAUUGGGGGAGACCAAAACGAGAAGAAGGACAUAAAAGACUCAAAACACAAAAAUAACCCCAACACAACAACCACCUCAUUCAUCAUCCGGCAACUCCUCAAUAGUCGCCUUCAAAAGCUCAAUCAACUCAUCAACAUCCGGUCGAUCCGCCGGCUCAACCUGCAAACACCUCCUCACCACCUCCUUUGACGCCUCGCUAAUCCCCCCUUUUUUACCCGGUGAACCGCCCGUAGCAGCAGCAGCAGAAGCACUCCCUUCCCCUUCGCUUUCCCCAGCGCCAGCGCCAGCGCCAACGCCCACAACCCCUUUCCCCUUCCCCUUCGGCCCUUGGUCUUGGUCCUCAUCCGGAAACCUCCAGUCCCCACCCAACACACACAUACUCAAACUACCACCGGUCUCGUCACUACGGGCCUCGAAGGGGCUUUUACCCACCAGACAGGCAUAUAUGGUGCAGCCUAGCGACCAGAUGUCGACCUUGGUAUCGAUGAUGGAGCCGGUUUUCACGUCGAAGAGUUCUGGGGCACGGUAGGGCAUUGUGGAGUGCUCGGCGGCUGUAUCUUGGACGGCGAGGGCGAGAGAGCGGGAGGUAAUGGCGAUGGGGCUUGGUGCGAGGGAGCCUAGGUCCAUGACGAUGGGGGUUAGGCCGUCGUCAUCAAUCAUGAUGUUUCCUGGUUUUUGUGGGAAUUGUUAGUUUUUUGAUUUAUUUAUUUGUUUUCUAUUUAUUAAAUUCUGUAUUGUAGCCAAA